AUGUUAAUUAGAACAAUUAAUUCCUAAGUUUAAUAAUGCCAAUGUUAUCAUAUUACUGAUUAAUUCAUUUGUGAGAUAUCUAAAAGAUGUUAGUGGUUAAAUAACAAAUGUAACUAAAAACUAAAUUACAUUAUUCGGAAUGGAAAUAAAUGUGAAUAGUAUUAAGAAGAAGAAUGCGUUUUAUAAACAGAUUGUGCAUUUAUAGAUAGUUAAUGCAUAGAUUUUUAAGGAUGUGAUAAGAUUUCAAAAGAUAAAUGUGCCUCAUCAAUAAAUUGCAUUUCAGAUGGCAAUAUUUGCAUUUCAAAAAAAGAUUGCUAAAAUUACAAAACAUAAUUAGCUUGUUAAAAUCAAGAUAUAAAUGGAGGAUAUUGUUCAUGGAACUUAAAGCAAUUUCCUAUAUGUUCAAAGAUUUUAGAAUGUUCUGAUUUACCUAUUUUAAGAUCACAUUUAUUAUGUUAAACUGCAUUAAAUCAUUGUACAAUAAAUUAGAAAGGAAUGUGCAUAGAUAAAGCUAUUUAAUGCGAAUAAUACAAAAUAUUCCAAUGUUUCAGUACAAUUGAUGGUAAGGAAUGUUUUUGGAAUUAAUCAAAAGCAUUGUGCAUGGAAAAAAUAUGUGUGAAUGCUUAAUUUUCUACAGACAAAUUAUGUAAUUAAUUUUUAUCAACUUGUACUACAAAUGGAUUCAACUGCAUCUUAAGAACAAAAUGCAACGAUUUUAAACACAUAAAUGGUUGUGUAAUAGAUAUUGAUUAUAAUUAAUGCUUCUGGACUGGAAGUAUGUGUAUCAAAAAAGUAUGUUCAAAUAUUCCAAAAGGAGAAGAAUGUUCAACAUAUUUUCAAGAUUUAGAUUGUGUUCCUACUUAACAAGGUAAUUGUAAGUCAAAACCUUAAAAUUGUAAUUAGUUUGAAACUUAAGAUUCUUGUUUGAUAGAUUAUGCAUAAUAAUAAUGUUGGUGGGAAAAUAAUGAAUGUGUUCUUAAAACUUGUUAAAUAGCACCUCAAUAUACUAAUUGUGCUUUAUGGAAGAAUGAUACAUCAUGUGUUGGUGAUACAAAUGGAUAUUGUAUUGAUUUGCCAUAAUAUUGUUCAUCUAUAACGAAUAAUACUUAUUGUUAUAAAUAAAAUUCUGGCGAUUUAUGUCAUUCUUAUACUUGUACAAUUGCUUAUUGUUCAAAAGCUCCAGUAAACUUAAAUAGUCAUAUUUAAUGUGAAUAAUGGAAUAUAAAUUGUACAGUUGAAUUAAAAGAUUCAAAUUCAUAGGUUGGUUAAGGUUGUGUUUAUAAGUUGCAAAAUUGUUAAGAUUAUGAAAAUGAAAUAUAAUGUAAAAGCACUUUAGAUAGAAUAUAAUGUAUAUUUAAGGAUGGAAAAUGUUUAGAAAAAACUUGUGAAAUGGGUAAAUUUUCAACAUAAGAAGAUUGUUAAAAUUGGAAAAAUGAUUGUAUAAUAAAUGAAUUUAGUAAUUCUUGUAAAGAUUGGCCAAGUAAUUGUUAUGAAUUAUUGAGUGAAGAAUAAUGUUAUAUAGGUUUAUAAUCAGGAAUAUAUUGUUAAUGGAAAGACAAUUAAUGUUAAAUAUAAUCUAAUUCUUAAUUAUGUAGUACAGCAAAUAAUAUAAGUUAAUAUGAUAACCAUGAGAAAUGUAAUAGAUGGAAUGGAUUAUGUACAGUAAUUUAAAAAGUUUAUGGUUGUGAAGCAAGAUAAAAUUGUGAAGAUUAUUUAUAUUAACAUUAAUGUGUUAUAGGUAUAGAUAAUUAGAAAUGUUAAUGGGAUGGAAUACAAUGUAUUAGGAAAUGUGAUGGGUAUUAAAUAGAGACAGUUGAUAUUAAUGAAUGUGAAAGUAUUGAUUCUAGUUGUUAACUUAAUGAUCUGACUGCUAUUUGUAUAUAUAAAACAUACUGUUAAGCAUAUAAAAAUAAAUUGGAUUGCAAAAUUAAUAAUAAUGAUUAACCAUGUAAAUGGAACUAAUUAGAUUAAAAAUGCGAAGAUGUCAUUUGCGAAGAUAAUACUACUGCUAUAACUGAAAGCGAAUGUAUUUACUUCUUAAAUUAUUAAUAAUGUUAUUUAGAUACUAUUGGUUGUAUAACAAGACCAUUAAAAUGCGAUUUAAUUUCUAAUAAUAUUAUAUGCAAUCACACUAUUCCAAGAUGUAUGAAUAACUAUUGUUAUUAUCAUAAUGGUUGUUGUACAUAAAUAUUAGCUAAUUAAUGUGAGUUAAUUGAUGAUGCUACAACUGAUUAUGAUUGUUAAAAACAUAAUCCUGAAUGCAUAUUAAAUAUACUUACAGGAAUAGGAUGUAUGCAUUCUAAUAAUUGUGAAUACAUAUAAGAUUAAACACUUUGUACAUCCAUUGAUGGUACAUUNUACAAUUGCUUAUUGUUCAAAAGCUCCAGUAAACUUAAAUAGUCAUAUUUAAUGUGAAUAAUGGAAUAUAAAUUGUACAGUUGAAUUAAAAGAUUCAAAUUCAUAGGUUGGUUAAGGUUGUGUUUAUAAGUUGCAAAAUUGUUAAGAUUAUGAAAAUGAAAUAUAAUGUAAAAGCACUUUAGAUAGAAUAUAAUGUAUAUUUAAGGAUGGAAAAUGUUUAGAAAAAACUUGUGAAAUGGGUAAAUUUUCAACAUAAGAAGAUUGUUAAAAUUGGAAAAAUGAUUGUAUAAUAAAUGAAUUUAGUAAUUCUUGUAAAGAUUGGCCAAGUAAUUGUUAUGAAUUAUUGAGUGAAGAAUAAUGUUAUAUAGGUUUAUAAUCAGGAAUAUAUUGUUAAUGGAAAGACAAUUAAUGUUAAAUAUAAUCUAAUUCUUAAUUAUGUAGUACAGCAAAUAAUAUAAGUUAAUAUGAUAACCAUGAGAAAUGUAAUAGAUGGAAUGGAUUAUGUACAGUAAUUUAAAAAGUUUAUGGUUGUGAAGCAAGAUAAAAUUGUGAAGAUUAUUUAUAUUAACAUUAAUGUGUUAUAGGUAUAGAUAAUUAGAAAUGUUAAUGGGAUGGAAUACAAUGUAUUAGGAAAUGUGAUGGGUAUUAAAUAGAGACAGUUGAUAUUAAUGAAUGUGAAAGUAUUGAUUCUAGUUGUUAACUUAAUGAUCUGACUGCUAUUUGUAUAUAUAAAACAUACUGUUAAGCAUAUAAAAAUAAAUUGGAUUGCAAAAUUAAUAAUAAUGAUUAACCAUGUAAAUGGAACUAAUUAGAUUAAAAAUGCGAAGAUGUCAUUUGCGAAGAUAAUACUACUGCUAUAACUGAAAGCGAAUGUAUUUACUUCUUAAAUUAUUAAUAAUGUUAUUUAGAUACUAUUGGUUGUAUAACAAGACCAUUAAAAUGCGAUUUAAUUUCUAAUAAUAUUAUAUGCAAUCACACUAUUCCAAGAUGUAUGAAUAACUAUUGUUAUUAUCAUAAUGGUUGUUGUACAUAAAUAUUAGCUAAUUAAUGUGAGUUAAUUGAUGAUGCUACAACUGAUUAUGAUUGUUAAAAACAUAAUCCUGAAUGCAUAUUAAAUAUACUUACAGGAAUAGGAUGUAUGCAUUCUAAUAAUUGUGAAUACAUAUAAGAUUAAACACUUUGUACAUCCAUUGAUGGUACAUUAAAAUUACCUAGUGGACAUACAUGUGUAUCUUAAAAUAAUAAAUGUUAUUCUCAAUAGAAUUGUAAUGCAUUUAAUACCAAUUGUAAUACCCUUGUUGUUUAAUAAGUUAAUUGUAAAUUUGGAACAGCAGGAACCUGUGUUAAAAAAUUAUGUACUGAUUUAGUUAGCGCUAAUGCUACAAAUUGUCCAGCAUUUCAAAAAUUUUGUUAUUAUUAUGGAUCUAAAUGUAUUUUUGUUACUAAUGGUAAUGAUUUAACUUCUUAUGGUUCUACAUUCUGUAAUUCAAGAAUAACAAUAGAUGGAUAAUCUUGUUAAUGGAAUGGUACAUCUUGUUAACUAUUAUCAUGUUCACUUUUAAAUAAUAAUUGUCUAUUAUCUAAUAAUAAAUGUAUUUAAGGAAUGUCUAAUUGUAUUGAUAUAACUAAUUGUAAUCAAGUCACUAAUGAAGUUUAUUGUUAUUUAGCUUAUAAUAGUUCUAAUCUUAAAUGUUUAUGGAUUAAUUCUUAAUGUGUUGAUUAUUUUGAUUGUACAAACACUUUUACUAAUGGAUUUACAGAAUAUUAAUGUAUUAGAUAUGAUCUUUGUAGAUUAUCUAAAACUACAACAGGUUGUGAAUUUAAAUCAUGUAAUGAAUAUUAAUAAAUGGAAUAUUGUAAUAAACUUAAUUAAUGUAUAUGGUAUAACAAUUAAUGUGAAAAUUAAAAUUAAUGUUAAUUUCAACUCAAUCAAACCGAUUGCGAAUACUUUAAUUAUUGUUACUGGAAUACUGCUUUAUGUAAAUAAAAUGUUUGUAAUACAGCCACAACUUAAUAAUCAUGUUUUUCAGUUAUUCUACAAAGUGGCAACAAAUGUUUAUGGAUUAAUAAUGUUUGUUAAGAAUAGUAUUAAUGUUCUUAAAUUAAGAAUCCUCUAUUUUUUGAUGAUUGUUAUCUCAAAAAUAAUGGAUGUGUAAUUAAAUAUAAUUUUAGUGAUAAAUCGAGUUAUUGUUAAACCAAAAAGGCUGAGUGUUCUUUAUAUACAUCUAAUUAUUAAUGCACCAAAGAUAUUUAUAACAAUUUAUGCGAAUGGGAUCUAAACACUUCUACUUGUAUUUAUAAUUAAUGCUCCGCUUAUGUUACUUCAAAUAAUAUAUACAGUAAUUGGAUAUGUUUAUAAUUUAAUAAUAAAUGUGUAUUGAAUACAACUUUGAAUGGUUGUAGAACUAUUUUAUCCCUCUGUAAUUUAUAUACAACAUAAUAAUUAUGUUAGUAUGCAUUUACAACAUCAAAAAAGUAUUGCUUUUGGAAUGGAUCAUCAUGUAUAGAUGCUUAAUGUUCUUAAUACAAUUCAUUAGUUUCUCCUCCACUAUUAUGUGAAUAAUAUAGUCAAUGUAAUUUAAUAGGAUCUAUUUGUUAAAAUAAAUUAUCAACAUGCAAUUCUUAUUUAGAUGAAACUCUAUGUAAUUCUACAACAGAUUUAUCAUCAAAUAUCUGUGUAUGGAUUAAUGAUAAUUGUGUUAUUAAAAGUUGUUCUAAUUAUCCAUUCAAUAAUUUUAAUCAUUCAAAUUGUUCUUAAUGGUUAAAAUCUUGUACAGUAAAUUAGUAAGAAACCUAAUGUAUAAACAUUAUUGAUUGCACAACAGCACCGUAAGAAAUUGAUACAAUUAAUGAAUGUGAAUAAUUCUAAUCAUAAACAAUUUAGAUUUGUACAAUAUCAUCAAUUCAAAGUGGAUGCACAAAUUUAGUAUCAAAUUGUAAUUUAGCUUCCAAAAUAUAAUGUUUUAUAGAUGUUAAUAGAAAUAAAUGCUAUUGGAGCAAAUAAUAUGGAGUUUGUAAAGAAUUAAAUUGUAUAAAUAUUGACAAUACAAUCAAAACUGCUUCUGAUUGUGAAUCUUUAUUAAAUGAAUGUACUCUUGCAGAUUCUGGAUUUGGAUGUUAAAAUAAAGCAUCAUGUAAUAGUUACAAUAAUAAUACUUGUAAAUUUCUUAAUAUCCGUGAUAAUAAUCAAAGAAAUUGUGUGUAAGGAUGUUAGAAGAUUGUUUGCGAAGAUUAUUACUCUACGAGCGAUUAAUAUUGUAAGUCCAUUCUUAAUGGUAAUUGUAUUACAAAUGGAGUUUAAUGUAUUACAUCAUACAGUUGUAGUGACUUUCGAUUUGAUUAUUAAUGUAUCAUAUCAAGAUAAGGAUUCUAAUGUCUAUGGUUUCAUCACUAAUGUGUUAAUAGAAAAUGUGAAUUAGCAGAUAUUGCUAAUUAUCAUAGUCAUUCUUAAUGUUAAAGUUUUAUGAAUACUUGUACUUAUAGUAAAUAAAGAAAUAGUUGUGUUUAAAUAAAUAAUUGUUAAAAUAAUGAUAAUAUAGAAUCUUGUUUUUUAGAUAAGUAUGGUUAAUAAUGUAUUUGGUAUGAAGACAAAUGUUAUAAUACAAAAUGUGAAAAUAUAUGUGGAGAUGGAAUAGUUAACUUAGAGACAGAAUAGUGUGAUGACGGAAAUUGGUUAGCUCAUGAUGGAUGUUAUGAUUGUAAAUUUAGUUGUGUUAUCGGAUGUUACAAUUGUUUAGGAGGGAUUUGUGUAGAAUGUGAUUAUGAAAAUGGCUACUAUUUAGAUGAGAUAAAUAAUUGUAUAACAAAAUGUGGAGAUGAAAUAGUUCAAGGUAAAGAACAUUGUGAUGAUGGAAACUUGGAUAGAUAUGAUGGAUGUUUUGAAUGUUUAUUUGAAUGUCAUCAUUCAUGUAUUCUAUGUUUUUAAGGUACGUGUUUAGAAUGUCAACAUGGAUGGUCUAUAUCAAUUAAAGGAUAAUGUGAAGUAAUAUGUGGAGAUGGCAUAAUAGUAACUACAAAUGAUAAAAAUAAUGAAUAAUGUGAUGAUGCUAAUAUUGAUUCAUUAGAUGGAUGUUCAUCAACUUGUAUGAUUGAAUAAUAAUGGACAUGUUACAAUGAUCUUGAUUCACCAUCAGUAUGUCAAUAUACUUAAUAACCUUACAUGAUUUUAACGCUCUUAAACGCUGCUCCAAACUAUAUUCAAUCAAUUAAAUUAUCAUUUACUUCUAAUCUCAAAUAUCAAAAUACAUCUAAUAAUUAUUCACUUAUCUAGACUUCUAUUUUAAAUCUAAAUCCUAUUAAUUAUCAAAUUUAAAUACACCAAAAUAAUUCAUUAUAUUCUAUUACGACAUAUGAACCUAUUGAAUAUUUAAUAAUUGUUGAAUUCUUGAUAAGUGUAUAAAAUCCAACACUCCUUAUAUCUUUUUAGGGUUCUGAAUUUCUUGAUUAAAAUAAUCAACAUCCUCUAAAUACUAAAUAAACAAUCAAAUUAUUUACAUGUUAUUAUGAAACUGAAUCAAACAAACGCAUAUCUUCUACCACUAAUGUUUUUAAUUCUAUCCUCUUAUAUAUAUUAUUGGCCAUUGCUUUACUUUCUAUUCUUACUUGUAACUUAGAUGUAUUUUGGAAUCUUCUAGAUAUGGUAUAAUAUUUAUCUUACAUAAAAUAUAUUAAUAUACAAUUUCCAACUAACUUAAAUACCUUCUUUAAUCUAUUUACUAUCAUUACUUUACAACCAUUAUUAGAUUUUAUUCAUUAUUAAGACAUAAUUAAUCUAUUUUGUUUUGGUGAAACUAUUUUCAUUCAAACAACUAAUAAAUUUUUAGAAGAUAAUAUCAAUGCAUUUUACUUUUAUAAUUUUGGAAGUUCAUUACUUGUUUUGGGAACUACUUUUGCUUCAUUGUACGUUAGCUUAGCACUCAUUUAUACUAUUAAUAAAUAUAUUCAUCAUGUAUAUAAUCAUCUAAAUAUAAUUAAAAUAGUACAACAAUUAUUAAGAUUAUUAGUUAAAUUUUAAUUCUAUUUCUUCUAUUCUGGAAUUAUUAGAAUAUUUCUAACUAAUACUUAUGAUAUACUUUUCAGUGUAUUGCUUCAAUUAUAUUAUCCUCAAUUUCAUAAUUUUAUAACUAUUUUUAGUCUGAUGGUAGCUGCUAUUACUUUUUCAUUCAUUUUUAUUGUUAUUUACUUUAUUAUGUCAAAAUAAACAUCAAAAUCUAUUGGAAUUUGUAAUUAAUAUACUGUUUUAUCUGAAGGAGUUACAUUCAAUUAAGGAUUUUGGGCCAGACAAUUCAACUCAUUAUUAUUAAUUAAAAAACUAAUUUUUAUGCUUUUAUUAAUUUUUAUGUAAGAAGAUGGUCAAUUAUAAACUACUUUAAUUUCAAUUACUCAUAUUUCAUUUGCUUUAUAUCUCAUCUCCAAAAAACCUAUGACAAAUUCAUAUGAAUAUUACAAAAUGAUAUUUGUAGAAUCCAAAAUCACCUUAGCAACUAGCUUUUUUAUUUUAUAUUCCAUGCCCAAUCUCACUUUAGACACUAAAUACAGAGUUGGAUGGUUUCAUAUUACAAUCUUUACAUCUAUGCUUGCAAUUUCAGUAUUUUUUGAUUUCACAAACCAAUUAAGAAUAAUUAAACAAAAACUUAUAAAAUCAUGUGCAGAUAAAUAAACACCUAAUUCAAAAGUAAUACUAUUUGAAGCAGUACCAACAAAUAAAAUUAUUUUUUGA